AGAAGAGAAAAGCGUGAAUGUGGCGAGCGAUAGCGUGUGCAAAGCUGGAGGAAAGUGUAGGAAAUGUGCGCAGAUAUGCGCCAAACCCCUCCAGAUACGAAGGCGUUAAUGUGCUCGUGCGCUCGUGAGGGUUUGCAUGGGGGGAGGGGACCCCUGCACAUCACUGAGUGUGUGUGGAUGGCGUGGGCUUCUCUCCUCCAAACCGCGCAGCAUCAUCAUCACUCGGUUCACAGCAACAGCCUCGUACGCAUCAUCAUCCUCAUCCUCCUCCUCAUCCUCCUCAUCACCAUCUCCGGGCUGAAGAGGGAAUCACGUCGCAGGGAUAACGACAGAAGGAGAGCCUGCUGUCAGUCAAGUGACUGACAACUCUUGAGGUGUAUCCUGAACAAACUGAAGCUUCAGGUGGCCUCUUCUCUACGUCUUUGACCACUUUUGCAUCUUCUGAACCUCUUAAAAAUGGAGGAGGGCUACCAAAACCGGACUGCCUUCAUAAAAGGCGCCAAAGACAUUGCCAAAGAAGUCAAGCGUCAAGCAUCUAAGAAGGUCGGCCGUUCAGUGGACCGGAUGAGCGAUGAGUACAGCAAGCGCUCCUACAGCCGUUUUGAAGAGGACGAUGACGAUGACUACCCCAUGCAGGGAAGUCAGGACGGAGGCUAUUACCGUGGAGACAGCCAGGCGGCCAACGACGACGAGGGUGGCCACAGUGACUCCACAGAGGGUCACGAUGAGGAUGAUGAGAUCUACGAGGGCGAGUACCAAGGAAUUCCCAGGGCUGAAUCAGGCAAAGGCAGCCUGGCUGGAGGCCCAGGUUCGGUGAGGGCCGGCGAUCAGCAGUUCAGAGAUGUUGGGGUGUCCGAGGGAGAGAGGAGGAAGGACCAAGAGGAGCUGGCUCAACAGUAUGAGACCAUUUUACAAGAAUGUGGUCACGGGAAGUUCCAGUGGACCCUGUACUUUGUGCUGGGCCUGGCUCUCAUGGCAGAUGGUGUGGAGAUCUUCGUGGUCGGGUUUGUUCUGCCCAGCGCUGAGAAGGAUAUGUGCCUGUCUGAACCUAACAAGAGCAUGCUAGGUCUGAUUGUAUAUUUUGGGAUGAUGGUUGGGGCUUUCCUCUGGGGGGCUCUGGCUGACCGGAUAGGCCGCCGCCAGUCUCUUCUCAUCUCUCUCUCAAUCAAUAGUAUCUUCUCCUUCUUCUCCUCCUUCGUCCAGGGCUACAGCACCUUUCUGUUUUGCCGACUCCUCUCAGGUGUUGGGAUUGGUGGCUCGAUUCCCAUCGUGUUUUCCUACUACUCUGAAUUUCUGUCCCAAGAGAAGCGUGGUGAGCACCUCAGUUGGCUCUGCAUGUUCUGGAUGAUUGGGGGUAUUUACGCAUCUGCCAUGGCCUGGGGUAUCAUCCCACAUUAUGGAUGGAGCUUCCAGAUGGGCUCGGCGUAUCAGUUCCAUAGCUGGCGUGUGUUUGUGUUAGUGUGCGCAUUUCCUUCUGUUGCCGCCAUCGCUGCCCUCAGUGCCAUGCCAGAGAGCCCACGCUUCUACUUAGAGAACGGCAAACAUGACGAAGGCUGGAUGAUUCUGAAGCUAGUCCAUGACACUAACAUGCGAGCAAAGGGAUACCCAGAGAGGGUGUUUUCUGUCACCACAAUUAAGACGGUGAAACAGAUGGAUGAGUUGGUGGAUACUGGCACCGAUACCCCAGUCUGGCAGCGCUACAGGCUGAAGAUUAUGAGCCUCUCCGCACAGAUUCGGAACAACAUUCUUGCCUGCUUCAGGCCAGAAUAUAAACGGACAACUUUCAUGCUCAUGGCUGUUUGGUUUAGCAUGUCUUUCAGCUACUACGGUCUGACAGUGUGGUUCCCAGACAUGAUCAAGUACAUCCAAAAGCAGGAAUAUGAAUCACGGACAAAGACCUUCACUAAGGAACGAGUGGAGCAUAUCACUUUUAACUUCACCCUGGAAAAUCAAGUGCAUCGCCAAGGACACUACUUCAAUGAUAAGUUCCUCAACUUGAAGAUGAAGUCAAUGGUGUUUGAAGACUCAGUGUUUGAGGAGUGCUACUUCGAGGACAUCACCUCCACACACACCUUCUUCAGAAACUGCACCUUCAUUGCAAGUUUGUUCUAUAACACAGAUUUGUUCAAAUACAGAUUUGUCAACUGUAAACUGGUCAACAGCACGUUCCUCCACAACAAGGAGGGCUGCAUGCUCGACUUCAGUGACGACUUCAACAAUGCCUACAUGAUAUACUUUGUCAACUUCCUCGGCACGUUGGCGGUGUUGCCUGGCAACAUCGUGUCAGCUCUAUUAAUGGACAAAAUUGGCCGUUUAAGGAUGCUGGCGGGAUCCAGUGUCAUAUCCUGCAUCAGCUGUUUCUUCCUGAUGUUCGGCAACAGUGAGUCAGGGAUGAUCGCCCUCUUGUGCCUGUUUGGUGGCAUCAGCAUCGCCUCAUGGAACGCCCUGGAUGUGAUAACAGUGGAGCUCUACCCCUCAGAUAAAAGGACCACAGCGUUUGGCUUCCUGAAUGCCCUCUGCAAGCUGGCGGCCGUCCUGGGCAUCAGCAUCUUCCAGUCAUUCGUCGGCAUCACCAAGGCUGUUCCCAUCUUAUUUGCCGCUGGUGCGCUCGCUGCAGGUAGUUUCCUUGCAACAAAGUUGCCUGAAACACGAGGCCAAGUGUUGCAGUAAAGCAAAAUGACCAGCAGUGGGCAGCAGAGCACAGCUGGAGUGUGUGUUUGACAACUAAGAGCCCGAACAUCCCUGAGAGCUUCAGCGCUGCCCGUCACACACCAACAGAGUAGACUGCCAUCCCCAUUGUAAGCCCAGAAUCCUCUGAAAUAUGGAUUGCAUCAUUUAAAGUCAAUACAGAGCCACAGCGAUUUAAGAGAAGAGCAGCAGAAUUUAAAACCUGUGUCAUGAUAACACAACUACAUCUGAAUGAUUCAGCUGCACCAUCAGGUACCUAAAACAUCCGAUCUUUUCAAAAGUGCAACAUGCACAGGGUGAUGCAGUACAAAUUGUGGUGUGUAGGAUGGAUAAAAUGUUAAUUUCUGGGAGUUUUCUCUCACUGGCCCACAGAUCUACAAUAUCAAACACAACUGAGCAGACAGAUGUCAAAUGGGGAGAUUAGACUGAAAAAAGAAAAGCCAUUUACAGGGGAGCGCAAUGAUUUAGUCUACCCGUGUGGUCGGUUUUCAGAUGUGAAUGCAGUAUUUUCCUUUCUCGUCUGUCCUCAGCGGCCUCAGUGUCUGGCUUUCAGUGCUGCUUUUUCAUUUGCUGCUUGUACAAUUCACUUCACAUUUCCAUUUGGGCUGAUGCUUGUGCUUUGAUGAAACGUUUUUCUUUUGAAAAGAUCUCACAGUGAAUUUCAGCAUGAAUAUGUUGUACAAAAAAACCCCCAAAAAGAACACCCACGACCUUCGACCACUGCCUGCUUCUGAAGCCAGACCUGUUUCAACCAAAUAAUAUUCAAACAUUCCAGUGAGGCUUGAUUUAUUCAGAAACGGUCAUUCUUCCUUUGUCCUGCAUAAAUCCAGUCUACUCCUCUGCCGAUAGCCUCAGAGCACAGACAGGUGAAGAUGCAUUUCACAGGAUUCUCUGAUGUAAAUGGGAAUAGUUUGAUCCAGCUCCUCAGUGUUGAACUAAUGUUUUUCCCUCCCUGUUGCUGAACCAUACAGCUGUGGCAGUGUGACGUCUGCAACACGGGGACGUCUGUGGGACGGAUUUUGGUCAAGUGCUAAAUGUGAGAGCAGAUAGUGUAAUAUUUGCCUGAGUUAGUCGUGUGAGUUUGCAUGUGUGUCUUUGUAAUGUGAGACGAGGGAGAGUGUCCUGUGUUUCAUGAAAAUCAGUGCAGCCAUGUGGACCAUAAUAUUUUAACUGAUCCAACGGUAGAAUGUACAGAACAGUGGUCACGCGUUAAUUUAUACAAAUGAUAUCAAAUAACUCAUUCAGUAGCUCAGGUGUGGUGAAAUAUUUACGCCUUGUUUACAGCUGGUACAAUGUUAGAGCGCCACUCCACCAAAUUAAUAUACGUGCAGGAGAGUUUUCUGAUUUAAAAAAAAAAAAAAAAAAGUCCAGCUCCAUCUCACGCAUAGCUGCAUUAAUUAGCCUUAAUGUGAAAACAAAUCAUAUGAUUGAGUGUGACAGUUCAUUCGUGACCUCAGAAACAAUAGUUUGACAAAAAAAAAUCUUCAGCCAAUAUCCACUUACUAGCUUUUUGGAGAACUUUCAACUGCAUCUCGCUCUUUGUUUGCAGUUGGCGUAGUGUUCAUAGAGAGUGAAAGCUCAAAUCCACUUUGUUUGUCUUGUCUUUUUCUGUUUGGUCGUAAUGCACUAUCCUUUCUUAAAAUUGUGUUAAAGCUGGGGUAGGGAAUUUUCUGGAAAACAAAGGAAGAAUUUGAAAAUAAGCCCUCCUCAUGUGCAUGUGCUUCAUGUAGUAAUCCAGUGUUUCAGUUGUUGCAUUCGCUCACCGUCCUCCUGCCCCGCUCUUUCUCUCUGUUUAUCAAAAAUGAGACAAAAAUAAGUUAGCUAGCAAAUCCUGUGGUCCGUCUGCCUCGCUCCCUGCCGCUACAGACUAUUUCACCAGGAGAAGAGUGAGCCACAGCUUAGGAGUUGGACCUUCAGUCAGCAGCUGUAGCAACUUAAAUUCAGCCAGCUCAAACCCCCCUGCGCAACGUUUAGCGCCUGGUCUUACCUGUGUAACAGCAGCAACAGAAAGUUUGCUGAUCUGGUGGGGAGUCAGGGCUGUCUGGAUGUCAGGUGCUGGGGUUAACGCUGGCUGGAUUUAAAGUUACUCCAGCUGCUCACUGAAGGUCUGUGCCUAUAAAGCCCUAUGACAUGACAUAUUGUGAUUCAACGCUCUAGCUAAUGUUAACUACUUAAACGUGAACUUUAAGCUGCAGCCAUGACCUUCUUUCUUCAGUUAGCAGGAAGCUAAACUGUUAGCAACAUUUUCUCCAUAUGAUGAAACGCUUCGCAGAUAUGGACGCGCUCUUUUUUUUUGUAUCAUUUAUAGUCAGACUCUCUUUUUUUGGGGUUGCCUUGCAGCUUAGACAGAUGUUGCCAAUGCUGGAAUAGCAGGAUUCUCUGCGAAUGUGCACAUGCAUCUGCAUUUAUAGAACAGCCAGUAGGAACACCCUCUCUCUUACCUGACCUGGGCUAGAUCUCUAAAGCCUGAAAGCAGAGCCAAGAGGAGGUGCAAAAUUCUAGUGUAAGGUUAUUAUGGGAUUGCCCAGUGACAGUAGAAUAAAACCCCAGCUACCCCAGUUUUAAUGCUCCUUAAAUCAUGAUGUGAUUUCAUCAUACUCAUAAGCAAAAAUAAAACGGGACCAAAAGGAGAAGAAUCAAUAAAAAGGAAGAAAUGAUCAGGCAGUGUGGCACAAAGGGAAAACAGAAAUUACAAAUCACUUGUCUAAUUUCAUUUUAAGGGCUCCUGUUCCUGUCAUUCCUUUACUGCGUCCAUCAGUGCCAGAAAGAGUAAAAAGUUAUCCCUCCCUGUGCUCAUGUAUGAUGCUCUUAAUUGAAGAGUACUUUGAGAGCACAAUGCCUAUUGUGACUUUGAUCAAAAUUGGACCCAAUCACUCUAAAGGGGAAGCUAACUGAGUACCAUUAUUUAUACAUAUCACUACUGCAGUAUAAUUUCUCCAAAGGUGUACAUCAAUAUGUGUGCUGACAAUCAGUGAGUGAGUAUGUGGGUGCCGCUGCCGCCCAGUAGAGUAUGUUGUUUGACCUAAAGACGUCCUGUGGAUUGUGUUGGUUAGUGUGUGUUCAGGAUGUUGGAGGCUUUGGCGCUGUCUGUCGGUAAAACACACACUUCAGAAAGAAAGCGGAUUUUAUCUCAGCUAUAGGAGUUUGACUGACCUCUUGAACUAUGUGUGUGUGUGUGUGUGUGUGUGUGUGUGAGUCUGUGUGUGUGUGCGUGUGUGUGUGUGUGUGUGUGUGUGUGUGUGUGUGUGUGUGAGAUAGAGAGAGACUUUAACAGAAUAAUUCAACACUUUGAUAAGUAUGCUUAUUCACUUUAUUGCCAAGAGUCAGAUGAGAAGAUCGAUACCACUCUCAUGUCAGAAAUCAGGAGGUGAUUAGCUUAGCUUAGCAUAAAGACUGAAAUCAAGGGGAGAAGCUAGCCUGGUUUUGUUCCAAGGUAACAAAAUCGGACGAAAUUCUGUGGCAUAUAACCCCCAUAAAAACCACAAGUUAUUAUUUUUACACGUUGGUUUUAGUACAGAUUAAAUUAAAGGGCGGUUGCAUUUGUUCUUUUCUUUUCUUUCUUUCUCUUCUUUAUUCAUCCUUUAUUAUCAUCCUAACUUUAAAUAUUGGUUAAAGUACAUAUGUGCUAGCGUCAAUGUGCUUUUUUCCUUAGCCCUUCUUGAAGCGUUUUCCCACAUGACCUGAUGUAGGUUUCUGCACGAUGCCUGCCAAGCCCUCCGUGAGAAUUGCGUUAGCAGUAUUCCAAAUUAGCAAUAUUCCUCUAACCCCCAGACUGCCAUGGAAGCUAAGCAGUGUGCUGCUGUGCACACCACAGUAGUUGGGAUCCAAGUGUCACACUAUAACACAAAUGAACUAGCUGAUCGAGGCAGCGAUAGAACUGAAACUCCCGUGAUCUGUGAGGUAAGACUACUGUUUUUGCCACAGGAGUCUGGUGGCUUUGAAGAGAACGAUAGAACAGCUUCAGUUCCCCUUUAGUAAGGACUGUGUGACAGCAAGGUAAAGCUGCGUUCCUGCUUUUUGUGAACCGCUGAGUGGACAUUUCCAUUUGAAAACCCCAAAAAAUGAAGCAGAUGAAGUCGACCUUUAAAGAGAUAAUAUGUUGAUUGUUGAGCUUUAGAGGAGGAUGGAUUUUAUUACCUGUGUGCAGAGCCAGGUUAGCUGUUUCUCCCUGUUUUUGUUCUCUAUGCUAAGCUAAGCUCAAUUUUUAGCGUACAGGCAUGAGAGCAGUGUCGAUGUAACUUCGAACAAGUCUGUGAAUAAGCCCGAAAUAUUCUUUGAACUAUUCUUUGAAUGCUGUCAGAUAUAGAUCGCAUUCUGAGGAUGAAAUCUCUCCUUUGUCUUGUGUGUAUUUAAUGAACAAAUUUGUCCCGUCUUAUUCAUGUUAGAAAGACUGUUUGGUUCAUGUGCAGAUGUAUGUAUGUGUGUGCUUGUGUGUAUGCAUGUGUGUAUUAGAUGAAAUUGUCUGUCACAUAUUUUUCUACUUUUUUCUGUUGCGGUGUUUUCAUCCCUGCGAUGAAUACAGCUCAGUUGGGGACCACGGAAAUAUAUUUACACAAAGAGAAAAAAUAACAAUAUAUGCAGUGUAGAAUUUAAUGUGCUGUUCUUCAUAAUAGACUCGGGUGCUCUUUUGCUGAUACAGUUCAGUCUUUAAAAUGAAAUCCCAUCAAAGAUAGCCAGUCUCAGAGAUAACGUGCGGUCUGUUCUCUGUUUGGAAAGACGGAGAGAGGUCACAUUUUGAAUUCACAAAGACAACUUCACCCUCUAAUCCUUCUGUAUACAACCAAUCGUGACGCAUGUUUGUAUCGUAUUGUCUGACUUCUUGGACGUCCUGUAUGCCAGCUGUUUUUGUCUAAAGCAAGAACUAGUGUUUUCAUUGUUGUAUGAUGACAUAGAUUUGUUGCUUGCAGUGAUUGUUCUUAAUCAAAGUGGGGUUAAAAUUGGUGAAACUUGAGUAUGUGUUCUGAAAGUAAGUUAGUGGUGACUGUGCUCCUUGUUUAACAUGGACCCAGGUCUUUUUUAAAAUAUAUAUAUCUAAAUAUAUAUAUAUAUAUAUAUAUAUAUAUUUAUAUAUCUAAAUAUGCUUGAAUUUCUGAGGAGGAUGCUUGUAAUUGUGCAAU